AUGGCUGGGAGCUCGAGCUCGUUUCUAGGACUUGAGGGUCUUCAUAUCUUUAUCACAGGCUCAGCUGGUGGAAUUGGAGGUGCUGCAGUAAAGGAAUUUCUCGCUCUUGGAUGUCGUGUCACGGCAUUUGACCGAAGAUCAAUCGAUGAGUCAAAGCUAUGUUCAUCACCAGAGCAGUCUUCAAGGCUUUUCACGACUCAGGGGGACCUGAUGUCGGAAAAGUCUGUCUCUGGAGCAUUCCAAGCUGCAACAGACCACUUCGGCCCAUUGAACAUCCUGAUUGCCAAUGCCGGCAUCACGGAUGAAAGCUCUCAUCCACCAAUAUGGGAGAUAGGGGAGAGUCUAUGGGACAAGGUCAAUACCAAUAACGUUAAGGGCACAUUUUUAACGGUCAAGCAUUUCUUGCUCUCGGUGAAGCAGGCACAAGAUGCCAAAGGAAGUGAACUAGAUAACGUUUCCAUCGUCAUUACCGGUUCUGAGACUGGAAAGUUUGGCCAGGAAGGGCAUGCCGAAUAUGCAUCUGGCAAGGCAGGCUUGCAAUAUGGCCUCGUUCGCACCGUGAAGAACGAAAUUGUCCGCCUGAAUUCGAAAGCCCGGAUCAAUGCUGUAGCUCCGGGAUGGGUCAACACCUCUCUCAUUGGAGAUCGCUUGGACGACCCAAGGGAAAUGUGGGCAGAAUGCCAGGCCACCGUUGCGCUGAAGAAGAUUGCACAGCCCGAAGACGUCGCGCGAGCUAUGGCGUUCCUGGCUAGCCACCGUGCAGCUGGCCAUAUCUCCGGAGAGUGCAUUUCUGUUGACGGCGGGAUGGAAGGUCGGAUCAUUUGGCGAGAGGAGCAAAUCUUGGGAAACAGUGGAAAGGAAACUAAGCUGCAGAUGGCCACCAUACCGACCUCAUUGACUCCGGCUAAAAGAAGACGGCGACUCCGAAUUUGUCUCUCUGUUGACUUUGACGCCAUUUCCGGGUAUCUGGGGACAGGUCAUGAUCCCCAGAACACACUCUCCGACUACUCAGCUGGUAUUUUCAGCGCCAACGUCGGGGUUGGCAGGCUGCUGCGAUUGUUCAAAAAGCACGGUAUUUCCGAUAAACUCACUUGGUUCGUCCCCGGCCACAGUCUUGAAACAUUCCCGUUGCAGGCGCGCGAGAUCGCCGAGAGUGGAGCGGAGAUUGGACUCCAUGGGUACAGCCACGAGGGCGCAUAUGCAAUGACCGUUCAACAGGAAAAGGAUGUUCUGCAGAAAUGUAUUGGCUUGAUCACCGCGCUCAGACAAGGUAAGAAACCGGUCGGGUAUCGAGCACCUUUAUACCAAAUCCGCGAGACAACCGUCCGGCUUCUCCAAGAGCACGACUUUCUUUAUGACAGCAGCAUGAACGCCCACGAUUCUCUGCCUUAUUUCCUGGUGAAUCCCUUCCCUCAAGAGCCGCCGCAUGUCCCGGACUACAAGAAGGAUGCCAGCAGUUGGAUGGUUCCUACCCCAAUACCGGAACAGCCACAGCCAGGUACUGCUGAAGCCAACAAGGCUCUGGUGGAGAUACCCUCAAGCUGGUAUACAGAGGAUAUGACGCCUCUCGGCUUCUAUCCCUACGCGGCCAACACCCAAGGCUACGUUGGAGUUGACAUUGUGGAAAAGAUGUGGUGGGAUAGGUUUGACUGGCUAUGGGAAAAUGAAAGUUGGAUGGACGAAGGCCCUGGGAAAGGCUAUGGUUCGGUAUAUCCCAUGAUCUGGCACCCUGAAAGCGCGGGUCGAGCACACAUUGUGGGCAUGAUUGAUCGAUUUAUCGCAAGGCUAGUGCAACGGCAAAAGGCAGCAGGGGACGGCGAGAUCACGUUCGAGACGAUGGAAGGGAUCGCACAAAGCUGGAAGAAGCAGCAGUAG